CAACCAUCUUACAAGAAUAAAGCCUAAAAUUCUUCACAUUACUAUUAUUCAUCGAGUAUGUUGCAACAAUGGUUUCAUCGGAUAUCAAAGGCAUACUCAGAAAAGUUUUAGGUGUAUUGAAACGCGAGGAGCUUGGAGAAGUUGUUCAGAAAUGGGGGGUUUUCGGCGAGGAACGCGUUCAAGAGGUUACCCAGCUGGCAAACUCCACCAGGCCGAUGGUCCCCCGUAAAUCCAUCACUGAAAAGAUCGUACAGGAGUGCUUGAAACAAAAGAUCAGCAAAAAGCAGAUUACUGAGCUUGAUCUCUUAUGUUACAUGCGGCAUCCUGAAAAGAAAAAAUGGUCUGUUUAUGAACUCAAGGGACUCGGUGAAGAUCAUAACAAAAAGGCUUUUGACCCUCAAGGAUACUUUGACAAAUUGACAAAACACCUUUCUGUCUACUUUAAACAUGAUUUAUGUAUGGACAAACGAGGAGAGGCUAUUUGGCUUCGCAUCGGAGUCUACGAUAGCGGGAAAGAUAGUGCAAACGCUUUCAGCUCUAAUGCCAUCUAUGUAGUCUACCAUCCACAUUCUCGUCACCUCAUCUUGUCUGUCGUGAAAAAAGCUCUUGUGCAGUUUGUUAUGCAGGCUUUAAUCUUAUCGCUUGACUGUACCAGUUGUAAAGAAACUAAGCUCACUGGAUAUCAUCUAGAUUCCCUGGCGGACCUUACCCUGAACUCUGCCUCCCAGGGCUGGUUCUCAAAGUUUAGACACAACCAAGUCGACACCAAUCCUUUGGUCAAGACACAGACAAGGAAGAGAAGAGGAGAUUCUCUUGAUUUGGAAGACAAAUCCCUCAUCUCUGAGAAUGUGGAAGAUGAGGAAAACCAAACAAAAGACCUGGACAGUUCGUUUGGACCAAACAAGCAGCCUAAAUUGGAAAGGAUUUGCUACGAGAUGGAGAACAAGUUCAGGGGUACACGCGCUGCUCCAAGGAUGGCAACCCGUCAGGAGCCAUUCCGCUGCACUGUCAAGUUUGAAGGUCCCGAUGUCCUGGAAGGCCUUAGACAGCUCCAUCCAUCGGGGAUCAGUUCUUCUGCCUUACCGUACCUCUUUGAACAGGUUCUAUCCACAGGCAAGAACCACUUCCGCAUCUACGACAAGUCUUCCAGAGACCGCAAAGGCUCAUGAAAAUUUAUUUUCUGUAGAUGAGGCAUCAUCGAUUGUCAUGUAGAGUUUCCUUUGGAUUUCAGGGAAGUCACUGUAUGCAUUGAUGACACUUCAAUAGAAGACUGUGAGACAGACAACAAUCUUCAACCAGGUUUGUUUUAGACCUGUGCCAAACAUUUAGAUAUAUUUUGGAUAUACAUGGUGAAAGAGAUCUGAUGUAACUAUGUUUCUGAUAUAAAGAAAAUCCCUAUUAGAUCUGAUCCUCUUUCUUCACAUUCUUCAGGUGCUUGUUAACCUUGAUGAAAUGUGAUUCAAGAUUAUAAUUUGGCUGGUCCCUAGGUCUGGAUAACCUAAUUACACAGAGAUAGCAUUGUAUCUUUGCUCUUUAUUCUCGGUUCUACCAUGGACCCUACUAGGGUCCAUGGUUCUAGCAAGCUGCCACUUACCCACAGCCAUAAUUUUAUUUUUCAUUGUGACUGAACUUUGUACAAUUACAAAUUAUUCUGAUCACAUCUCUAAUAAAAACAAACCUUUGAAUUGAUUUUAAUUUACUUUCAAAGCACACCAUGGUCCAUCAGAUUAGAGCUCUCUUUAGUCUUCUAUGAAUUUAAAUUGAAUUUUAGCUUUGUACAACAAUGAUAUUCAUGCUUUAGUUUUGUACCUCUUAUACAAUGAAGGUGCACUAUUUAAUUUGAUUUAUAUGGACUUGAAUAGCACUUAGAUAGGAGAUUUGUUUUCUUUUCUUAAAAGAGUUCUCUUCAUUAAUUCCUCUUGGAAUGGACAUGAGUCCCACCAUUAUGUCAUCGACCAGUUACACUAUAAAGAUGACGCAAUAAAUAUGCAUUGUGAUAUUUAUAUCACACCUGGGUCGAGAGUGGAAAUGUAGAUCACCGUCUUGGCAAAGGGAAUAAAUGUCUUGGGCUCUUGGCAGACUUCAUGUCAUAGAUUUUGCUCAAAUACGGUCCAAGACAAUCCUUUAAAUGGUACUUUGAUAAUAAGAAAUGGGUUGCAAUCAUGAUAGAAAAUACAGACACUAGUAAAUACAGAUGCCAUUUACAUACCAGAAAGGGAUUGGGGGCAGUAGGGGUGCUGCUGAAAUGGAUGUCAAUAAUAUGAAACAAGAUUAAAAUAUUUACUUGUUCAUUACACUUUUAGUCAGACAUUAGUUUGCUGAGCAAGAGCAACAUGAAAACUAUUUCAUUAUGAUUUCCUGCAUUUUUUUUGCCCAGUUUCAUUUUCCACAGUUGUUAUGGAUUGUGGAUUAUUGACGAACAGCUGUUUAGAAAACCCCUGGUCGUUUUAUUCAGCUGUUUGUAAGUCAUACAUGACUUAAAGGAUAUGUCCACCCCAACAAAAAGUUGAUGUGAAUAAAAGAGAAAAAUCCAACAAGCAUAACACUGACAAUUUCAUCAAAAUCGGAUGUAAUAUAAGAAAGUUA